AUGACCACCUCUUCUCCCUUCUCUUCCUCCGCCACGCCAAUCCUCCUCCUCAAAACCAAAUCCACCCCAGCAGACGGCUACGACGAAUUCUUCUCCACCCACAGCUACAACCCCGCCUUCAUCCCCGUCCUCGAGCACCACUUCCACGAACCCAAUCUCCAAUCCGUCCGACAGCUCUUCGAAUCCGGCGCGCUCAACCCAGGCCCGGAACGGAAAUAUGGCGGGCUAAUAUUCACCAGUCAGCGGGCGGUCGAGGGGUUUGCGAAUAUGUUGAAGUCGCUAGAUAGUAGGCCUCCCUCCCCCGCUCCGGUUUCUUUGCCUUGCCCAGUUUGCCUUCGUCUUGAUGGAGCUGGCUGGAACUCAUUAACUAAUUUACUUUGCUCUACAGACUCCAUCACCACGCCUGCUUCGCAUUCUCUUCCCCUCUACACCGUCGGCCCGGCCACUUCCCGCUCCCUCACCACCCUUCGAGACGUGCACCUCCCGCACGCUACCGUCCUCGGCGCAGACUCAGGCACCGGCGAGGUCCUGGCGCAUUUCAUCCUCCAGCAUUAUCCCGCCUUUACCUCCUCCGACCCCUCUUCCUCUAACUCCGACUCCCCCGCUACCGAUACUAACUUCCCCGGAAAUGGCCUCAAACCCCUCCUCUUCCUAGUCGGCGAACAGCGCCGCGACAUCAUCCCGAAAACACUCAUGAACGCACCCCCAGACCGCCGCAUCCACGUCGACGAGCUGAUCGUCUACGAAACGGGCGUGAUGGCAUCGUUUGAACGGGAAUUCAGCACUGCGGUCACGGCCGCGAGGGAGUAUUUGGCCGCAGAACGGGAUGCUGGGGAGCGGGAGCGAGAGCGAGCUGUCUGGGUGGUUGUGUUUUCGCCGACGGGGUGCGAUGCCAUGGUUAGGGCUUUGGAUCUAAAGGGGAAUGGGAGCGGGGAUGGGGAGAAGACGGACAAGCGAGAGAGGAUCUUUGUGGCGACGAUUGGGCCGACGACGAGGGAUCAUUUAAGGGAGAAUUUUGGGGCCGAGGCGGAUGUUUGUGCAGAGAAGCCGAGUCCGGAGGGUGUGGGGGAGGGGAUUCAGAGGUUUAUGCAGGAACGGGACUUGUCGUGA